AUGCGUCGCCUGAAACACAAGCACACGAGACGGGCGGUCCAGUUUUACGAAAUCAAUUAUGGAUUCCGGAAACCUUUCAAGGUGAUCCUGGAUGGCAACUUCGUGCACGCUCUCAGAGAAUCCCAAUGCUCACUGCUGGAGCUCAAAGGCUUGGGCAACGACUUUUCAGGUCACUACUUUGUAGCAACCCAGGACAAAGCCCUCCGGGUGGCUCUGGGCAAACUGCCUGGUGGAGCUUCGGUGUUUGCGAAUGUGAACGGCGUCCAAAUGGAGCAGCCCUCGGAAGCACAGAGACGAGCCAUGAAA